AUGGGUGUGUUCAAGCUCUUUUCAAGCGGUAAGCUUGACAUUGAAGGAUUUGAGAAGGAGUUGAGUGACAUCAACGUCGCCAUCAACAAGAACCACCAGGAGAUGCUCAAGUUGAAUGAUUUGAAAAAACGCAUCGUCUACAGCAUUGCCUACUACUUCUCGAUCUUUUAUGUGUUGGUGAUGAGUGUUUUAAUAGUCAAAAUGCCAGCCAAUUCGGGGCAUGUCAACUAUCUCAAGUGGUUUCUAACCAAUCAACUGAGAUCCCAGCUCUUGGUGAUUGGCGGUAUACCCGGUGUGGGAUUUUUACUUGCAUACAUAUUGAGGAAGCUUAUCACGUUAAUGAUCAGUUCCAGAAGCAAUAAGGCCCGGAAGUUGAAAAGAAAGCAGAAGGCCAAGAUUGACGAAUUAAAGAAGUUGACCAAUUACAACACCACCAACCAGUUGUUGACAAAGUACGACUCACCCAAGAAGAAUAGUACCCCUGAAGUAAAGAGUGCUGUUCCAGCUAACACUGCUGCUAAAGCUGCUACCGGUAAACUUCCACCUACGAAACAUCAGGAACUGGGAAACACGAAUCCCACAUUUCAGCAGGCGCCACCCGGACCCAGUAAGCGGACUAUUCAAGACCGGAUUCUUGAUAUUCUCGUUGGAUCUGAGGACGAAUCUAUCGAGAAUCGUUAUGCGUUAAUCUGCAAAAAAUGCUUCAACCACUGCGGGUUGGCUCCUCCCAGCACCAAGGACCCGGCCACCGUCACAUUCGUAUGUCCCUAUUGCAAGUUUUUGAAUGGAGAUGAGCCAAAGGAAUCCAUAUCCCCCGUUAAGGAGGAUCAACAAGCUGACAUUUCUCCCGUGAAGAAGGAUCAAGAACCUGAAAUUUCCCCCGUCAAUGAAGGCCCCGAGGCAGAAUCGUCCCAGCCCCACACCUAA